AAUCCUUUCAAAUGUCCUCUGUCUUCUUCGUCACGAUCUUUCUUGUGUCCUUCACAAGGGCUGCAUCGCCUCCGGUGGUGGGCCCCACUGAGAAUUCGACCAUGACCGUCCAUGUGGGUGUGAUUUUGGAUUUUGGGUCGACGGUCGGGAUGGUUAGAAAGACCUGCAUCGCUAUGGCAAUUGAUGAUCUCAAUGCAAUUCCUGGCCGUCGGAUACGGUUGGUCGUCCAUUGGCGGGAUUCCCAUGGAAGUGAAACAGGAGCUGCAUCUGCCGCUCUCAACCUCAUAAAAAGUGUUCAAGUGAAAGCGAUCAUAAGCCCAGACGCAUCAGAACUGGCCGACUUAUUAGCCAACAUGGCAAACCAAGCCCACAUCCCCACCUUCUCUUUCUCUGCUGCCAUCAGCUCCUCCCACACUCCCGCCAAAUCUCCUUACUUCAUCACCAUGGCCCAAAACGACUCCACUCAGGCAAGAGCCAUCGCCGCUGUUAUCAAAGCUUAUGCAUGGAGAGCUGCCAUUCUGGUACAUGAUGACACUCUAAGGAGGAUAUCGCUGGUACCCGACCUAACCGAUGAACUCCAAGCCAACGGAGCCCGUCUACAUCGACGGCUUGUGAUUCCCUUCGCUGCCAGUGAGGUCAUAAUCAGGGACACCUUGCACAAAUUAGCGGCAAUGCGUACACGGAUUAUCAUAGUGCAUGUAUCAUUUCCAAUUGGCAGUAGAUUCUUCACGCUUGCUCAUGAGAUGGAGAUGAUGGAGGACGGGUAUGUGUGGGUCAUCACAUCACGGCUCAUGAAUCUUUUCGGCUACACGAAUUCUUCAGUCAUCCCAUUGAUGCAAGGUGUUUUGGGUGUCAAAACCUACGUUCCCAAUUCCUCAGCACUCGAUGAUUUUAGGGUCCGGUGGAAGCAACGGUUUGAGAAGGAACACCCUAAGAUUGAAAUAUCGGAACUUGAAGUGUAUGCAUUGUGGGCGUACGAUGCAAUGCAGGCCAUUGCGACGGCAGCCGAGAGGACUAGUUCUGGAUUGAAUGGAAGCUUCCAUUUCGCUCCUUCCAAUAGCAACAUGGCCACGGAUUCAAAUCCAGUGGACUUAUUUGAUUUCGGUGUUUCUCCAAUCGGGCCAAAGCUCUUGCAAUCAAUCAUGGGGAACACAUUCACGGGCCUAAGCGGUGUAAUCCGUUUUGUUGAUGGACAGUUUCAGUCUCCCGAUUUCAAAAUAGUCAAUGUGGUGGGAAAGGGGGAGAGAGGAAUCGGGUAUUGGACACCUGCAUCUGGCCUUUCUCGGAGCAUGAUCAUGGAUAAAAACUAUUCAGCGAAUGUGGAAGAUCUUGCUGGUGUUAUCUGGCCCGGUGGGUCAACGGCUAUUCCAAAUGGUCAGGUCAAGAUGAGUGGAUCGACUAAGAGACUGAAGAUCGGGGUCCCUAAAAAGAAUGGGUUUAGUGAGUUCAUGAAGGUGGACUUCGACAAGAAAAAUAAGCGGUGGAAUCCGACCGGAUUUCCUAUAGAUGUUUUCAAUGGGGUGAUGAAGACCAUGCCUAAUAAUGUCAACUAUGACUUCUUUCCAUAUGAAAAUGGCCAUGAAGAUGAUGCUGGAUACUACGACGAAGUCAUCUACCAGGUGUAUUUGGAGAAGUUUGAUGCAGUUGUGGGAGAUACAACCAUCAUUGCAAACAGAUCAAACUACGUAGAGUUUACCCAACCCUAUGUUGAGAGUGAUAUCGCUAUGAUUGUGCCUGUAAAACAUGAAGAUGGGACCAAUUGCCCUUGGUGGUUCUUGAAGCCUCUAACAAAGGAAAUGUGGUUGACUACAAUCGGUCUCUUCUUGUUCAAAGGGAUUUUGGUUUGGAUUUUCGAACAUGAUAAAAAUCCAGAAUUUCAAGGAUCAUUUCCACAACAAGCUGGGAAGAUUAUCUCCUUCUGUUUCUCAACGCUGGUUUUCGCAAACCGAGAGAAGCUACUAAGCAACUACUCUAGAAUUGUUGUAAACCUAUGGACAUUCGUUGUACUUAUAUUGGUGACUAGUUUCACAGCAAAUUUGACGUCUAUUUUAACAGUCCAGAAGCUACAACCAUCCAUAACAGAUAUAGAAUCCUUGAUUAAGAACGGUGAGUGUGUGGGAUAUCAAAAUGGAUCUUUUGUUUUAGAGUUCUUAAAAGAACAAGGAUUUCAGGACUCAAAGCUCAAGGCAUAUGCAACCAAAGAGGAUUAUGCAGACGCUUUGUCCAAAGGAGGUUGCAAGGAUGGAGUAUCCGCUAUAGUAGAUGAGAUUCUUUAUUUGAAAGUGGCACUCAAGAACUAUUGUGGUAAGUACACAGUGGCUGGACGGACCUAUCCGACAGGUGGCUUCGGUUUCGUGUUUCAAAAAGGUUCUGCCAUUGUGACUGAUGUCUCUCACGCAGUCUUGAGUUUCACUGAAGGAAACAAGAUGGUCGACAUCGAGAAAAGAUGGUUUGGAGACCAAACAACAUGCCCUGACCCACUCCAAACCCCGGCGACGAACACGAAUAUUCACCUCUUUCCCCUCUACAUUGUGGCUGGAGCCGCUUCAGCACUAGCUCUCUUUGUGUAUAUAAUUUACCAUGUAUAUGGAUGCAGAUGCCAACGAGGUGGUGAUUCAAAAGAGAGUUCACUGUCCAAUGACGUGGGGGCCACCGCGCAAGUUGAAAUGGUGCAAGAACAUGCUAACAAUGGCGAAACCGGGCUGGAUCCUGGGGAAAGAAGUGAAUAUUCCAACGCUGAGGGGGUUUCUAACACUGAUGGAAAAAGAGAAAACGAUCAGUUGGGGCCCAGUAAUCAUCCGGAAGCUGCGAUCACAAUAAUCAGCGUUUCAGAUAUCAUCUCUGAGGAAGAACAUCACAAUGUGGGUGGAAAAUAGUUGUUGUUGGCUGUUGAUAAUCUAGAAAGAGAUUGGUUUUUCUUUUUUUUUUUCUUCUUCUUCUUCUUUCCCUUCCUUUUAUGGUUCGGAUCUUCCAAUCUUGGGUCGUAAGUGUGCCAGGGCAGGAAUAAGAUUCAUCUGAGCUUGCUUUCUCACCUUCAUGGUCAAUUUUCAAGAACUCCAACUCGUUUGUGAAGGAAGAAUGAACAGAAUCUAAGCCCAUGUUUCAUCGAUCUAAAGCAUUGGUUUGACUUGGGCUAUCAUGGAUAGACAUGAAUCUCAUAGAUGGGAGGAUUCUAGCUACUAAUUUUGAGUCUUUUUUCAUCUGAAUGCAGAUCAUUAUUGUAUUUCUUGUUUGGUUGUGGAUUUGUGGGCUAUAGAUUGAAAAGCCAGCAUUGUCGUAUGUAGGAGAUUUCUAGGCCAAGUUCUACCGAAUGCAGGGCUUACAAACCAAUCGCCUCAGUCACUGAACCAUGGCCCCACUUGUACAAACUGAAAAGCUCAAUGGAUUAUAGACAUAGGGCUUAACCAUACAGAG